ACUGCAAUUUUUCUUCUGCAGCCGGACGAAAGUUUAUUGUUUUUGUUUCGUGUCACUUAACUUGCACCACGCAGUUUUCGUCUUCAGAGUAAUCGAUCGGUGGAUUGAUUCCGGUGAAAACCCGUGGCACUGGAUGUGUAACUUUGAUGAGCAUCGUGAACUAAUUUGCAAGCACUAGUGCGUAAGUGAUAAUCGUCAUCAAACGUGUUGCCUUCCGCGUUCCCACUUACAAUAUAGUUACAGAACCUACGGGCCACGGUUGAAAGGUCGUGGAACAGAAGACUAUAUAAAAAAGUGACGCUAAAAAAAUGUCCUACCGGAUUCUACGGAAGCUGCAGGGCAACGAGCUCGAGAUCAAGGACCCCAUCGAUGAGAUUUCGGAUGGGGCUGAUGCGGACUACGAUACCAACAGUGUGGGCAGUCAGACCCGUAAGAAAAUCAAUAUAAAUCGAUUUGAUUUGCUGAACCAACAGCAGUCGCUCUCGGAAAGCGAAGUCAAAGAAGAUGAUAACGACGAUACGGAACGGGACGCCGCCGGAGGGACGCAAAAUACCAAUCUGGUCGAAUGCAAGAAGAAGAAGCGUACUGGCAGAUAUGUGGCCAAUUCAGCUCGCCGUAGCAGUGAAGACAACGCCGACGUCGAGGACGACUUUGCCAAAACGGUCAAAGAGGUGGACCAGCUUUUCGCCGAUUACGGAAAGUCGGAGAACAGCGCAGCCGUGGCGAACAGAGCAAACGGUACGGGAGACGAAGCCGGUCCCAGCUUCAGGGGGGGAAAAUCUCUGCUCACGAUUCAACACAAGAACCUUAAUCCGCAGUAUGAAAUGAAGCGCAUGUUCGGUAGCAAAGUGGUGGCAGAUCAGCAGAAUAAAAGGCGUAACAAUCGGGGAGCUCCGCGCACUUUGAAGUCCACUUACUUGGUCAAUCCCAAAGGCAGCUGGCCACCAUUGGGCGAGUCCGGUUUAAUUAUGAACCUAGUGCAGGCUCCAGAACAAUCCGUGGGAGGUACAUCCAAAGGGAUUUUUGAUAAAAAUGUAAUCUAUUUCGAAUUCGAGCACAGUUUUGUGUACCGGCAUUUUCAACAAAAGUUCUUGAUUGCCUUGAUCGAGAGCUCAGACUCAGACACCAUAAUCAAGAUUAUCAAUCAGUAUCCUUAUCUUGUGGAUUCUCUCAUUCAGUUAAGCGAGCUGUGUAAGAUGUCCGAGGAUCAUGCCAUGGCUUCCGACCUGAUCGAGCACGCUUUAUUUGCACUGGAGUCCUCGUUUCAUACCAUGUUCAGUUUGACGCAAGGCACCUGCCGGCUGGACUAUCGGCGUCAGGAGAAUCGAGCCCUUUUCAUAACUCUGUUCAAGCACUCGCAGUACCUCGAGUCUCGUGCGUGCUCUCGGACCGCUCUUGAAGUAGCGAAACUGAUACUCACUUUUGAUCCGGUCAAUGACCCGCUGGCGAUCAUUCUUAUGAUCGACUUCUAUGCUAUUCGCGCCAAACAGUAUGACUGGUUGGUCCAGUUAUAUGAUGAGUAGACCACCAACAACCUGUCGCAACUGCCGAACAUGGCAUAUUCGUCCCUGGCGUUGUUUCUCUUGAAGCGAACAGAGGCUGCCGAUCGUGCCCUCCAGUAUGCGCUGCUGAUGUUCCCGUCCGUGCUGCGAUUACUGUUGGACGAAUUGGGUAUUCAGCCGGACUCCCGAGUUAUCGGGCACAGCUAUUUCGCUGCGAGCACCUACGACAAGGCCACUGUUGCCCUGCAACAGCUCACGUCGAUGUACGUCUGUCGGUCGAAGUUGGUCUGGCGAGAUACGGAGAUUCUGCCAUGGUUGGAACGGAACGUUAGCACGGUGUUGGAUCGGGUUGACAACAAGGAUGAAAUCGUUGCGCAGUACACUGCAAAAAGGUAUCAAAGAUAUAAGAAACCUCCGAGGGCAAUCUUGCGACACAUCGUCCUGUCGGAUUUCAAGGAGAAAGUUCCGCUCGCACAGUUCAUCAAGAAAGAAAAGGAACCUGUACUGAUGUUCGAUCCACUACCCCCGUUGGAUUCAAUUAACCUUUACCACGGGCCGUCAAUUAGCAAGCUUACAAGGAACUUGAUCAACGCUUCACCGUUUUCGAUGUUUUUCCAAUCGCCACUGCCGAGCUUCAGACUACAGCAGCAAGCCCAACAGCAGCAACCGGGCCAGCUGGCGAUCCGUAACCGCGAAGCCGGCGAAGGUCCUGCUGCUGCGGCGGCCCCUGCAGCCGGCGCUGGUGCCAUCGCCAGCCUCCAGGCGUACACCAAUUGGCUCAACUCCAUUGUGGAUGCUAUGCGGGACUUCCUGUCCGACAUUCGGGUGCUGGAGAGGCCCAACGAUACCGACGUGGACGACAACGAAAGCUCCGACGGCGACGAGCAGAACGACUGUCUCACGUAAGCGGGGACCGUAAGGAACGCGUCUGAAGUCAUCGAAUGUGCCAAUUAGUUAAGUUAUUUUCAUCGUUUUCAUACGGUGGUACCGUCAAGUCGCCAUUCAUCGUGCAUGUUCGUCUAGAACCGGCAUAUUUCAAGUGAUAAACUGCUCACAUUUCGCCAUGCCGUUACACCCGAUGGGCUUCGUUUGCAGGAUUACUCGCUUCCUCCGGUAAUUAUUGCAGCGGAUGAUGGCAAUUAAUCAUACGAACAGAUAGUGGAAACUCCUUAACAUACCCUGGCAAGCAAGACUAUACCAAUCGACGAUCAAUGACACCCGUUCAGGGAAAUUCAAUCUGUGGGCAUAAAUUUAAUUUUCUUCGUUCAAAUGCUGCAAAAUAUAACAAAUAAAAAUGACUGUAUGUACAAUACCAUUAAAAAACAA